AAUAGGUUGCAUUUGUACCCUUGGUUCAAUUUUAAUAUCUUCCUUCAUCUUUUGCAUGAUUGUCGUCUUCUCUCCAUUAAAUGUCAAGUUCGACGUAUCAAAUGUCUCCCUCACGGAAUUCAACCUCACAAGCAACAAUAUCUUAUAUUACAAUUUUAAUGUUAACAUUAGAUUAAGAAACUCCAAUGGAAAAGUAAAUUAUAGGAACAUCACAGCAAUUGCAUGGUACAAAGAUAAAGAGUUUGGUAGGGUGAAUUUGGCACCCUUUGAUCAAGGGAACAAAAAUACUACUUUUCUUGGACCUAUAGUGUUUGAAGGGAGUUACUUGGUCAAUCUCAAACCUAAACAACUUGGUGAAUAUAAGGAGGAGACAAGUGUGAGGAUGUACAAUGACAUGGCUGUGGAUUUGAAACUUGAAAUUAGGGUUAAAAUUGGUGGGAUCACAAUGGCUCGUUCUCAACUAGUGCAAUGUGAUCUCUUGAGAAUUCCUUUGAUUUUUAAUGGCGAAUUAUCGCCUAUUUUCAACUCUAAAUGCAAAAUUAUUAGGAUAUUUUAUUUACAGUCAAUAAAUUGGUCAAAGAGGCGAUUACGACGAUAAAAGUAACCAAUAAACUCAUGCAUAAUAUAUAAUUUGAUAUAAAUCUACUUGCACUAGCAGAUCUUCUCGGAGCAAGUAGGGGUCAUGACA